CCUCAGAAAUGUCUUGGCAACGUAGACCAAAUGAACAUACUAAUGACAGCUGCAACUGUGGGAUGACCACUGACUCAUAUUACAGCACAGCCAUCAGCAAUAAACAGUUUACUAAUUCUAGCUUUGGCAAUUACCACUAUGCCUCGAUGAUACCUGAUUCCCCUCCUCCCCCUCCUCCUCCCCGGCCUUUACCGCCAUGCCCACAGACGUUAUCUCAUCCUCCUGAGCGCUCUUCUCUAAAGCCAAGCACUCUACCUGCCAAUUCAGCCCGCCCGGAUAGAUUUGAUUGGUUGAUAGCCUUUACCCCUGACACAGACACUCUGCCAAGAGAAAUCAAAAAACAUCUGACUGAAGCAACCCCCCAAAAAUCCAGUUCUGGUCCUAAAGUCACUACAUUUAAAGAACUGCGCAACAGAAACAAACAGGCCUCGCCACCAACUCAAGUCCAUCAAGAACCCGAUCCAGCAGUUAUAACUCCUGAUCCAGACUUCCUGUACAACCUCAAGUGGAGGAGAGAGAAGGCUGAUGGGGAUGGUUCACAGUGGGAGUACACGUCCCAAGCACAAGCUACCUUUCUUCAGCCACCACCCACACCUGAAUCAUUGGCUCGUUUGAGACAAACACGCCUGUUGAAUCUUAAGACAGAUGCAUCUCAGAGAUUUUAUCCCUCACCACUAAGUAAUGGCUCAGCCAAUAAGAACAUUGAGUUUAACUUUGGUGAGGACAGAAACCGAGAGCAUUACAGCAGAAAAGUGGAAGUUGGAGAGGACAAUGAUGUGAGAGGAAUGGCAGAUGGAGGACAAACGAGAGAGUCAAGAACCAGACCCGUCCGUAGUUUGUCGUUUGCUGGUUCUGCAGCAAAAGCGGGGGCCUGGAUGGGCGAUGGUGUGAGCCCCCGACUGCGAGGUGACGUCCUGCCGUCUCUUUGCCUACAGGAGAAAAAAGCUCUUGUUAGUGCCGUUAGUGUGGCAGUGGAAGCCAUUUUGGCUCAGUUCAGCUCCUCCAGGACUCUUGUGCAGAAGGCUCUCUCAGGAGACAGCAGCGUAAACCCGACCCUGGGUCGGCUGGUGUUGCAGUGCCUCUGCCCAGCCGUGUACAAUCUGCUUUGUGACGGACUCAAGCCGCAUCAAAGUGACGUCAUCGCAGGCAGGAGGCCAAAUUCACCCUGGGGGUUGGUUCAGGCCUCGACCAAACUAGGCCCCAUCACCCAGGCUUUGUACAGUCUGCAGACUAAAGUAGCUGCACUUCCUCAGCUUAAGCAGAGCCGACACAGGUUCAAUGCCUUCCUGUUCGGCCUCCUCAAUAUCAAGCGCCUUGAUUACUGGCUUUUACAUUUGCAGACCCGCCAUGAUGUGUUGGAAACCUAUUACUGGCCCACAUCCUUCAUGCGCCUUUCAGACACUUCUUGCCAGCCUCUGUUCGAUGAGCUCCUCCUCAUGCUCCAGCCUCUCUCUCUCCUGACAUUUAAUCUCGACCUGCUGUUCCAGCACCACCAUCUCGACCCCCUGUGCCCCGAGCUCACCCCUCCCAGCCGUAGCCCACACUUCUCCUGCUCAGGUCUUCCACAGAGCAGCGGGCAGCAUCUGAAGAGCGUUUCUGUGCACGGGCUCGACAGCGCGGCUCUAAAAGCAGACGGUCAUGAUUCAUUGACAAAGUCGCUCGAUCCAGGCCCCACCUACUGCAGAUCCGUACCGGCAAGCAGCAAAGGCCAGACAAGCCCACAGCUGCAGUGGCUACAGGAGAAGGAGAUAAUAGCACCUCCUAGUGUUUGGAGUGGGAAUAUCCUCGGCCAGCAGGCAGGUCAGGCUCUUCAGCAAGGAUGGGGGGCCAUGAUGCGCUGGGGUGAGCGUUUAGGACAGAACUGGAGCGGUUUCAUAUCCUCUGGUUCCUCAGAGGUGGAAAAGGGUGAAGCAGUUCCGGAUCUCAACACAUAUGCCAGUUCAGAAGGCCAGAAGUGUCCAGAUCAGGAGCCUCUGUCAGCUGAUGAAAUUGUUCCUUGGGGUUUGGGCCGACUGUUUGGAGCAUCCAAAAGCCCAAGUAACCCACCAACGAAACGGCGUCCCUCACAAUGGCUGUCUCCUGGUAUAACAGCUCUGUCCAACCUAACAAGUCCAGGUCGAACCUUUCUGCCUGAGCAAAUUGAGCCAGGAAGGAAUGAAGAAAGGGAGAAAGAAAAGAAUGAAGGAAGCAAAGAAACUGAAGACACGCCAAAGCCUCUGAGGGCUGUCCGAACCCUCUGUAACCACACCGGCACGGGCGUGGAGCUGAGCUUCAAAAAAGGAGAGGAGCUCCUACUGCUGGGGGGUGUGGAUCAAGACUGGAUUCGCUGUCGGCAAGGUGACAAAGAGGGUCUUGUCCCCAUUGGCUAUGCGUCGCUCAUCAUGUGACUUCCAUGAUUGUUACGUUUUUCUCCCUGCAUUUAUCAACAUACAUUAUUGUACAAAUGAGUCAUUUACAUAAAUAUAUACAGUAUAUUAAAAUAGAUUUCUAGAAUUAAGCUUCUACAUUUGACCGAGCUAGAUAGGCAGAUAGACAUGAACUAAAAGUGAAUAGAUGUUGUCUAGUCCAAGUCCAUGAUGAAUAGAAUUCAUUGUGUCACAUUAUAAAAAUAAUAUAAUCCAUACCAUACAGCUCACCCCAAAUAUCAAGCUUACUCUAUAAUUAUUAAAGAAAGCAGAUAUUGUAUACCUAUAUUUGUGUGCUUAUCUAAAAUAAAAGCUGCUGCUGGAGUUUCGUUCUAUUAGGUUUGUAUCAGCACCCCCCUGUAUGCUCUGGUGGCCAAAAGAUCGAAUCAAAAUCCUAUGAAGCAUGAAAACAAACCCCACAGCACAACAAUGGUAACUGAAACAAUAAUAAGAACGCUGUCCCAACUUAAACGCUCUUUAAUGUUUAAAAAAUCAUCAGAUUUUAGCUGUAAAAUCCUUAUUUCAUAUUCAUGUCUUACCACUGCUUUAUCCUGGUAAGAGUCACAGUGGGUCUGGUUUCCCUAGAAUCACUGGGCACAGUGCAGUAACACACCCCAGGCAGGAUGCCAAUCCAUCCUGUGGUCUCAGCCAUCCCAUCCAGACAACCAUAGCCAGUCAUGUCAUGAUUAUUAACAGAGGCAUUUUUGGUGUUUAUUUUUGGAGUGUGUGGUGGCACAGUGGCGCAAGUGGUAGCACUGUCAGCUCAAUGCAAGGGUUUGAUUCCGUGGCCAAGCAGCCAGGGUCCUUUUGCAUGUUCUCUUGUCAGGUGCUCCUGUUUUCAUCCACAGUCCAAAGACAUUCAGUCAGGCCAAGUGGAGCUACUAUAACUUGCCCUGAGUGUGUGUGUGUGUGUGUGUGUGUGUGCAUGUGUGUGUCUUCCCUGUGAUGGACUGGCAACCUGUCAGUGGUAAUUCUUGCCUUUUGUCCAGUGAAUGGGUGGCACGGUGGCUCACAGCAAGAAGGUCCUGGGUUCGACCUCCCAGGUGGAGUGGGCCGGGUCCUUUCUGUGUGGAGUUUGCAUGUUCUCCCCGUGUCUGUGUGGGUUUCCUCCGGGAGCUCCGGUUUUCUCCCACAGUCCAAAGACGUGCAAGUGAGGUGAAUUAGAGAUACUAAAUUGUCAUGACUGUGUUUGAUAUUGAACUUGUGAACUGAUGAAUCUUGUGUAAUGAGUGACUACCGUUCCUGUCAGUAAUGUAACCAAAGUGUAAAACAUGACGUUAAAAUCCUAAUAAAUACGUAUUGUCCAGUGUAUCAUAUCCAUGACCCUGACCAGGACAAAGUGGUGGUAAAACAGACAUCAAAUGAUUGAAUGUAUUUGGCCUACAAGGAAUGCUUUUGGCCAUCAUUAUGGCCCAGUUAGGACCAAACUUGAUUUAAAACCUACAAUGGCAGUAAUUUAGCCCCAGACCAGUUUUAAAAUGGUACCCAGAACCCAGCUGCUGAGAGAAAUAUUAUUCUGGUUUCUCAAAAUACAGUGUGAUGGUAAUGCACUCUUACCAUUUAUAAUCCUGAAGAUGUGUAACUACUAGUAUGGUUGAUGUUGCUCACUAGUGGCAGUAAAGUACUUGAACGUGAUAGUGUGCUAAUCAUUUUGAGUUGCUGGUGAUUUUUAAAUGUAUUUACUUGUGUGUUUAGAUUUUAUCACUGCAGGCUUGAUAUCAAUGACUAUGCAUAUACUGUACUGUACUAUUCACAAGCCUUGUCUCUGGGGUCGCCGUAUAUGACUGACUGCAGUACUCACGUUUGAUUUGAAAUGUGUGUGGAAAUGUCCUGAUUUCAGUUGCAUGAGCAUAUAUCAAAGAAAUGAUCAUAUCAUAUGUUUUAUUCACUUCAGAGCGCUUUGGCUUCGGUACAUGAACUAACUGUACAGUGGCUGUUAUGUACUAAAGAGUGCUGCAGUUCAUGCGUAGGGUAUAAUAAACAUUGUGAACAAAGCUGCUCAUCUGAAAGCUGAGAAAGUUAAAGCUUAAGAAAAAAUCCACCUUGGAACAAAUGCUAUUGUUCUAUUUAUUUUUUAUAUAUUGUUUUUUAAAUGUUUUGUUUACAUAUUUGUUUAUUUAAAUGUAUUAUUUUAAA